AUGUACAACCGGCCGCGGCGCCUCUCAAACAGCAGCACCGCGACCACGACAAGCACGGUUUAUUCUUCGCCCGAGAGCUCCGACAGCCGCAUUGGGGGCGGCUCGUCGUGGGGCAGCCAGACCAGCUUCGAGUCCAUUAUCUCGGGCUUUCAGCGCCCCGUUUACGCCAACCCGCAUCUUCAAGGCCAGAACCAUGGCCAGAACCCCGCCCAGCAGUACCCUUGGCAGCGGCCGGCGCUGAUCAAGGCGGCUCGGCGCAGGGCGAAACCGGGCGAGCUGUUCGCGGCGCUGCCGGGCGAGGUGCUGGAACUGAUACUGGAGGAGCUCAAGCAGCUGCACCUGCGGCCGGGGAGCGCCAGCUGUGCGACGUGCUGGAUGCGAGACUGCUGCUCCGUGGCCGUGAGCGCGCGCAAGUGGCUGAAGUUUGCGCGGACGGCCCUGUACGAGGACAUCCAGCUCGUCGGCGCCGAUGGCGCACACAUGAAGAAGCGGUACAAGCUCGGCCACGGCGCGAGGUUGGUCCUGCUGCGGAGGUCCCUGCGUAGCCUCCCGCACAUCGCCGUCGUCGUGCGCUCGCUCAAGGUGCCCGCCCUCUUGCCGCCGGGGACCGACGCCGAUGGGUAUCGAGACCUGGUCGCGUCCGUCAUCAUGGCGUGUCCAAACCUGGAGCGAUUGACGGGCUUCUACCCGGCUUACAACCACGAAUUUUCGCGGCUGUUCCACGCGCUGUCGACGCGGCAGAGGCUGAGGGAGAUGGCAUGGGUCCUCGAGGCGCCUCCCGCACAGCCGCAGCCGCAGACCCGAACCCGGUCAAAGACGAGGAUAAAAACGAGGACGAGGCAAGGCGGGGAGGAUCUUGUCAUCGCACCCGCACCUGCUGCCCUGCAGCCACAGCAAUCCAAGGCCUUCAUCGAGCACCACGUCAACUGGCUACAUCUCACGACACUGACGGUCCACUGCCAGCCCGGGGCGGUGCUGGGGCCGGACAGCCUGCUCACGAGCACGCUGGUGUGCCUCCCGCUGCUGCAGAACCUGCACCUUUCGCACCUCCCGUACGCGACGUUCAACAACGCCAGCCUGCUGUCGCUGCCGCCGCUGAAGAAGCUGACGCUCGCCCACCUCGGCGGCGUCACGACGGCGGGGCUCUCGUCGUUCGCGACGCGGCCCAACAGCGCGGCGGUCCGUUCGCUGACGCUGAUCCACAUGGACGUCGACUCCCUCCCGGCCCUCGCGCGCAUCUUCUCCAACCUUGCCGUCCUCGAGUCCUUCAGCAUCGUCCAGCGCGCGCCCCCGACAAUGGCGCCGGGCGAGCCCAUCUGGCUGUUUCCCUACCUCGCCUCCCCCUCCCUCCGCCGCCUGCACUGGGACAUGAUCGACAACAACCACGACAACGACACCACCACCACAAACCAGCACCCCGCCGCUCUCGUCGCCGCCGCCUCCCCCGCCGACGUCAUCCUCGCCCGCUCCGUCGCGGCGGCGGGCUUCCCCCGCCUGCGCGCCCUCCGCGCCCCCAACGACCCCGAGGGCAUCUUCCAGGCCCUGUGCCGCCCGCGCGAGCGCGCCGACCUGCCCGCUGACCGGUACGCCAUCGCGAGCGCCGGCAGCCACAACCACCACCAGAACCCCUACCACGUGGGCGCCCCUCCCCGCCGUGGUGUCCGCCGCGCCAGCACGGCUAGUAGCAGUGCCGGGGCUGGUCCCGGGUUUGCGCAGGCGCCUGCUGCUGCCGCGGAGGGGGUCGGGGCCGGGGCGAGUCACCUGCGCCUGGCCCGGCUGGCGGCGCAGGCGCGGGUGGAAGCCGGGAGGCGGGCGCCGAGGUUUUUGGUCAACGUUGUGGAUGAGCGGGGCAUGGUGGUGGAGAGGCAUGGGAUUGGGGCGUUUGUGGGAUGCGUGGGGAGUCCGGUUGAGUAUGUGCUCUUGCCGGAUGCGGGGGGGACGGAUGAGGGGGGUGGCCUUGUUGGGGUUGAGCAGUUGAUUGGCGGUGGGGGGGAGGAUGGCGGUGGGAUGGAGGGGUGUAUGGGGAGGUGGAACACCUAUAUUAGACCGCUCUGUGACACUAGGGGCGACAAUACCAUGACAGAUACCACCAUGACUUGCAAUACGUCUCAUAUUGUCUUCUCCUCGGGUUCCCAGGCAGCAGCACCCCUCUCGACCACCCGCCGCUGGCUCUCCCAGACCUCGCGACCCCAACAGCCCGCCGCCGUGCGAUCCUCCUCCUCGUCCGCCGCCGAACCCGAACCCGGGGCGAGCUGCUCCCCCGACACCAACAACGCGUCGUCGGGCCAUCGCGCCGCCUCCGUGGCCGGCGAGUCCGAGACCCGCGACCGCCCCGGCCCGCCGUCCUUCUACGCCCUCUUCCCCGAGACCUUGCCGGCGGGCCCGCCGCCCGCGGGGGCGUUCCACAUCGACGCGCGCGCCCUGCGCCGCGAGUUCCUCCGCCUGCAGGCGGCGGCGCACCCGGACGUCAACAGCGGGGCCGGGGGCGCGAGCGCGCUUAUCAACGAGGCGUAUCGGACGCUGGUCAACCCGCUGACCAGGGCGCAGUACCUGCUCCGGGAGAGGUUCGGGGUCGACGUUGUGGGCGACGAGGCGGGGAUGCUGUGGGAGCCCGAGCCGGAGGUGUUGGCUGCUGUUAUGGAGGCGAGGGAGGAGAUUGAGGAGGCGAGGGAGGAGGGGGAGUUGGAGGGCCUGAGGGAGGUGAAUGAGGGGAGGGUGAGGGCUGCGGAGGAGGUGCUUGGGGAGGCGUUUGCGAGGGGGGAUGUGGAGGCUGCGAAGAGGGAGGUUGUUAGGUUGAGGUAUUGGAUUAAUGUGAGGGAGAGUAUUCAUAAUUGGGAGAGCGGGAAGCCGGUGGUGCUGGAGCAUUGA